UAGAUUGCGCGUAGUGGGUGGCCCAGCAGUGUUUUUUAUCACCCUCGUCUUUGUUUCUUCCCCUUCUUCGACGAAACCCUAAUCCUCCCACCUUCGCUCUUUCCUUCAACAACCUACUUAAAUCCCAAAUCGCAUUGAAUCUGAUUAUCUAUUCUCUCAGAUCCAAUAUCCGAUUCCGUUCCUCGCCUCUCUCUCUCUCUCACAACCAAAAAUGUCUGCUGCUCUGGAUAUGACGCUCGACGAUAUUAUCAAGAACAACAAGAAGUCUGCCUCCGCCAACACCAGGGGCCGAGGCCGAGCUUCGGGACCCGGACCUGCUCGCCGUCUACCCAACCGGGCCGCAAAUCGCGCCGCGCCGUACGCCACCGCUAAGGCGCCGGAGUCUGCGUGGCAGCACGAUAUGUACGCCGAUCAGCCAGCCGCCGCGGCUUUCGCAGGUCAAGGUGGUCGGGCGUCUUCCAUCGAAACAGGGACGAAGCUUUACAUAUCUAAUCUGGAUUAUGGCGUUUCUAAUGACGAUAUUAAGGAGUUAUUUCUUGAAGUUGGUGACCUGAAACGGCAUACUGUUCACUACGAUAGGAGUGGAAGAUCCAAGGGUACGGCAGAAGUAGUCUUCUCUCGACGUGCUGAUGCUGUAGCUGCGGUGAAGAGGUACCACAAUGUUCAGCUAGACGGGAAACCAAUGAAGGUAGAGAUUGUGGGAACAAAUAUCGCCACACAUACUGCAGCGCCCACUGUUAAUGGGACUUUUGGAAAUCCUGGUGGACCUCCCAGAAGUGGACAAGGGAGAAAUGGGCCACUAGGAAGGCCGCGUGGUGCACCUAGAGGGCGAGGUGGCAGUCGGAGGGGUAGAGGACGUGGUAGAGGUCGUGAUGAAAAGGUAUCUGCUGAAGAUCUCGAUGCUGAGUUGGAGAAGUAUCAUGCUGAGGCUAUGCAAUUGAACUGAAGGAAUCACUGAUAUUCUGUUUUAUUGAUAUUACAUUUGCGGUUGUCAAGGGCAUGUCAGUGAAACACCGCCCAAUUAUGUAUCUUUAUCGAAGUCAUGCUUUUACGGAAAGGAAAGGAUAACUUAGAGUGAAAACUUUUACAGUUGAUAUAUGUAGUUUGGGAUUCUGUUAUCAAAUAUUUAUUUUCCUUGGGUAUGACUAUGAAAUGUGGCUGAAGAAACAGAACUCAGCUUGUAUUAUUCACUCUGGCUCCUUUCAUUGGAUUUAAUCAUUUCUUUAUUCGACAAGUGAGUAUGGAAGUGGGAAUCCUGAUCCAUCUAUGCAUGCACACAGCACAAAGAAAGCAUUGGCUGGAAUGUAGGAGGCUGCAGAAUUCACUCAUUAUGUUGCUUUGUGCUUUGGUUAAAACUAUUGCAAUGGAAUCUUCAAAUAAGGGGAGUAAUUUUUCUCUCAACUAUUUUGGUAAUUUUGGCAUAUUAGCUAGUGAGAUGGAAUCUAUCAUCUUUUCUUCACUGGUUGAGUGCACUGGUCAAGCUAAGAACAUUUCGACAGAUGAAGAGCCUCCGGGAUAAGGAUGCUGAAGGAGUUAGUAUUUUUGGUAUGCUCACUCUGGUUGCAUUCAGAUUAAGUUGUCCCUGUUGUGAAUUGUUUUCUUUUGGCCUAUUCUGUGAUGUGCAAAUUUCGGAAGUGUUAGUCUUUCUUACAAUCCACAUUUUCUCCUAGUGGAACUGAGUGGUAACUAGGGAAGGAGGAACUCGAAGUGCUUACUUUAUUGGGGGUGCUAAUCUGAAUAGCUUUUGCAGUUACAGUCGAACUAAUUGUCAUUAUAGAGCCUGUUGCAUAUAUGCCACCUUACCCUGGGAUGGUAGGGGAUGGUAAAGUAUGCUUUUUACAGAGCCUGUUUCUCCUCUGUACCGGAGGAUUUUCAACUGGUCAAUAUGAUAGCAAAAUAAUGUGUUCAUUUAUAGA